UGGGUGCGUCCGUAAAGGCACACGAUACAUACUGCAGAGCUUCAGAGAUGAUGCGCCUUUGUGUUUUUCUUGCAAUUCUCUAUAAAAUCUGUCAGGUGCUAGCUGUUCACAAGACCUCAAGUGUAAUUCAGGAGAGUGGAAUCAAGAUAGCUAAAGUCGGGGAGAAUGUAACAAUAACAUGCAUUUGUCAAGAUGAUGCUGUAACUUUCCUUUCUUGGUACCAGCAAAGCCUGGGUGGCAAACCUGACAUCAUAUCAACUCGGAUGAAGCACAACCCAGACGCUGAUAUCUACGCCAAGUACAAAGACAGGUUUAAAGUCCUUGUAGAAGAUAAAAAAGAAUAUCUCAAAAUCACAAACCUCAGCCUGUCAGACUCAGGGACAUAUUACUGUGGGGUUUUAGUUUUUAACGCUAUUGAAUUUGGACAAGGAGUUUUCCUUCAUGUCAAAUCGCCAGCGACCAGCAUUGGAUCUGCAAUUGACCAGCCAACGUUGAAGCCGCUUCACUUGGGGGACUCUUUGAACUUGACCUGUACAGUGGAAGCUGAACCAUGUGCAGGGGAGCUGAACCUUUACUGGUUCAGGCAUGGAGCUUCUCAGUCUACAGUCAUGUAUCCCAGCGAGGGACACGUGUGUGCAGACAUCUCACAGGAAACACCUCACAGGAAAAAUUGCACUUUAAAUCUUGCAAUAAAGUCAGUGAGCUCCGCUGAUGCUGGGAUCUACUAUUGUGCUUUGGCCUCCUGUGGGGAGAUUAUUUUUGGAAAUGGAACAAAGGUUGAGAUUGCAGGUUCCCCUGUCUUGGUGUAUUUCCUGAGCGCGGCAUUAGGAGGUUCCUUUAUUGUGCUCUUUGUCUUGGCUUUCAUCAUGUACAAGCUUAGGAAAAGCCUGUGCUCUGUCUGCAAAGGAACUGUUCCUCAUCAAACCUGUACAGUCUCAGAUGCAGUGAGCCAAGAUGCAGACAGCCUCCACUAUGCAGCUCUGAGUCUGAAGAGGAGUAGUAAACAACAUCGUCAGGAAGAAAAUGUGGAUAAUAUUUGUGUGUAUUCUAGAGUAAAGAGCAGAAAAGUGUGAAUGGAUGCAAGGGUACACACUGCCAAAUGUAAAAUAAUGUGGAAAUAAAAUAUAUUUUGUAUGUACCAGCUGUAUGACUAAUAACUAUUGUGAGCUCAGCAAAAUCACAUAGCUCAGCAUUGUUAUACAUAGACAAUAAAACUGCACCCAAAUGUAGUGUAGAUAAGCAUAAAAAUCCCCCACGAUCUAUUUACGAAGGUAUUACUUCGUAAAUGCAGGUCACAGCUACAGUAAGUUCUCACUGUUUACCUUACACUUCUGUGGUCAAGGUGAUGUGAGCGACAGAGUAUAAGUUUCCACUGGUGGAAACAUAAGUCCUACGAGAGCUUAAACACAGGAAGACCGGGCUGUUGCCCCCUGGCCACAUAACCUCUCAUGUUUGCAAGCCCACUCUCACAAGACCUGC